ACGCAUCUUGUGCACAGCACAGAACAUGAAAAGCACAAUGAGGAAGAACACAGCGGUGAUUUGAACAUUUAUUGGUAGCAGACGGCGAAUAUAGUUUUUUAAACACCAGAAGCAUUAUAUCCUGUUGGCAGUGGGUGUGAGAACUGUUUCUAAACGUCUAUGUACUGUCAGAAGUUUGCGAGGAAUGUUGUGACAGGAUUUCUUAGUUUCUCUUUUAAGCAUGAGUUAUGCUGCUGUGCUGCUCGGUUCAGGUAGACUUUUAAUAUUAACGCGUUUUAAACGCAGUCGAACGAAUAUAAUAAUGUCAAAUGAGGGGUACAAUACGAGAACGCUGCGUUCACAUUGCAGUGCACGCGAUAGCGAACCAAAUUCGAAUUCUCACGAUAAAAACACAAGCGCGUCACGUGAAGGGAGAGCUCUUUCAGAUGAGGACAGAUUAAUUCAUAAACUCCAUUUGGACGCUUGUAAGAAUGAGAAAAAAACAUAUAUUGACCCUAAAACCGGCUACAAUGUGUUCACUGAGUUUGCCCAUAGGAAAAGAGGAAGAUGCUGCGGGAGUGCCUGCAGACAUUGUCCGUACGGGCAAAUUAAUGUGGAGGAUCCGGCUAAGAAGAAAACCUUCAACUCUUUGUUUUAUGUAUAGCGGUAAAUGUUAAGAUCGGCUGAACAACUCAUUUCGUGUGCUCCCGUAUUGAAUUUGGACUUCUUUUAAUGCACAUUCGUCUUACACUCUGUUUAAAAUGAUGAAAUACGCUACACCAGAUGUGCAACCCACACUCCAGGAAAUGGUUUGAAUCACAUCUAUCCACUGUGAUUUGACUUACAGGAGUUGGUGUGCUCCUCUGUCAGAUGAAUUCCACAAGCGGGAAUUUUCGCAGUGAUGAAUAUUCAUACGGUUACAGGCGAUCUUAAUUUUGACAGCUGUCAAUUCAGACGACGUGCUUCCUCCCUGGUAAAUGUUCGACCAAGAAAACACCAUGGAAAAUGAAGUCUUCUCGUAAAUGUGUGUUGACGUUAAAUGCAUAGGCUUUGAAGGCUUCAUUUCGUGUUUUAAAUAUGCAUGCGUAAUAAGAAAAUUAUAUGUUAAGAGUUCACAGAAGUAUUUAUUAUU